AUGUAAAUUAGGUCAGAGCGUUUUAUUUCUUGUGUCCUUUUGUGAUUUUAGGCAACAGCGUGUGAAUGGGACUUUUAUUUGGUCUGAUGAUAUGACGUCAUAAGACGGAGCCACACUCCUGCAUCUUUGGUGAUUAGGCUGAGAAAAGUGUGUUCACACACAAAAAACUCCUGGUGAAGCAACUGAGAUCCAUGUGACACAUAUUACAAAGAUGCCAUCUAUUAAAGAGGAGAGUGAAGACAUGAAGGUUGAAGAAACAUUCAGAGUCAAACAAGAAGAGACUGAGGAACAAACAGACCCGAUGGCACUGAAAGAGGAGAGUCAGACCGAUGAACUGAAUGAAAUGGAAGAGAAAACUCAGUAUGAGAAGUGUCUUGAUUUAAAAAGUGAAGAAAAAUCCUCAAAGACUGAAGAGUUUUCUUCACAAAAAAAAGGUCAGAAGGCCGGAUCUAACAGUUAUUUCACCUGCUGUCAGUGUGGUAAGAAUAUAUCUAGUAAGCGAAACCUUGAAGUCCACAUGAGAGUUCACACUGGAGAGAAGCCUUUCUGCUGCCAACAAUGUGGAAAGAGUUUCACUCAAAAACAAAACCUUAAAGUCCACAUGAGAGUUCACACUGCAGAGAAGCCUUACACCUGCAAACUGUGUGGACAGAGUUUUAAAAUUAAGGGAAACCUUAAUGCCCACCUGAGAUCUCACACUGGAGAGAAACCGUACACCUGCAAACUGUGUGGGAAGAGCUUCUCACGAAAAGAAAGUCUUGUGACUCACAUGAACAUUCACACUGGAGAGAAGCCUUGCAUAUGUGGUCAGUGUGGAAAGAGAUUCAAAUGUAAAGAAACCCUUAAUCACCACAUGAGGAUUCACUCAAAAGAGGACUGUUUUGUAUGCCAUCAGUGUGGAAAGAGUUUCCUGCAUAAAAGAAGCCUCAACACUCACAUUAGACUUCAUACUGGAGAGAAGCCUGUCAUCUGCCCUCAGUGUGGAAAGAAUUGCACAAAUAAAGCAAACCUUAAGAUUCACAGUAGAGUUCACACUGGAGAGAAACCUUUCAUCUGCCCUCAGUGUGGAAAAAGCUUCUCACAAAAAGGAAACCUUCAAACUCACAUAAGUAUUCACACUGGAGAGAAGCUUUUCAAAUGUCAUCAGUGUGAAAAGAGUUUCACAUAUCACAAGGACCUGAAACAUCAUUUGCAAAGUCAUUCGGUACAGAAAUUGUGAGCAAUUGUACUCUGGAGGAAGCCAAUUUAAUUGUGGUGAGGGUAAUAAAAAACUGGAACCAGAAAAUAUGUACGGUGGAGAACAAUUUAUUAAUUGUUUUUGUGAAAUAUCCAUGAUUACCAUCGCUCAAAAUUUGAAGGAAUAUGAACUGUAGAUAUACCACUGCUCUACUAACAAGAUUUACAAAAUAAACUGAAUUAAAAAAAAUAAA